AUGGAAGGAAGUAAUGCACAAGAGAUAACUGGAAAUUGGCCCAACUUAACUUAUCUGAUACAUCAUGUAGAAGAAGAAGAAAAGCAUUAUCCGCCUAUUAUGUUCAUAAAUUCACAAAGAUUGCUUGAUAUGAGGACUAAAUCGAUAAUAUUAUCUAUUUCGGAUCUUUUGUCGACGGAUGAGAGGAAGACAAGAAGUGUCCGUUGCUUGGUCGUCAUAAUAUCGCCAGGUAUUUUCAAGAGUAAUUUUUCGGCAUUACUUAUACAUAAAUGCGAAAAUGACAGAACAGAAUGGAACAUUGAAACAAAUAUUACAGCGCAAUAUGAUAAAUCCCCUUGCGCUGCAAAUAUUCACGUUCAAUUGCUGCUCAACUGA